CCCUUCCUCUGCCUCCUGCUAUGGCCCUGGGCUUCACUCUCCUGUUCCUGGUGGGGACACUGAGCACAGCUUCCAGGGCUCAGCCUGUGCUGACCCAGCCUCAGUCCGUGUUCGUGCUGCCCGGGCAGAGUGCUCGGCUGUUCUGCACCCUGAGCCCCCAGUACAACAUCAGCCAGUUCGGCAUCUCCUGGUUCCAGCAGCGCCCGGGCCACUCUCUCAGGUACUUGCUCUAUUACAACUCCGAGCGAGACAAGCACAAGGCUGCCAGGACUCCCGACCGCUUCUCGGCCACCAAAGACCUGGCCAGCAAUGCCUGCAUCCUCACCAUCGCAGCUGCCUGCCAGGAUGACAACGGCACCUACUACUGCUCCCUGGCCCCUGCCUUCAAAUGGCUCUGACAUGGGGGACAAAAGCUUUCCGCGCUUUCCUUGGCCACCCUGAUGUGCUCUCCGCAGCCCUGGGGGAAUGGGAAAAAUCCAUCUUUGCAUGCUUGAGCAGCGCUGCCUCGUGCUGGGGAGUGCAGAACCCCCUCUGUCCCCAGGCGUCCUGCACGGGGCA